CAGAAGCGUAACAGGUCAAUGGAAUCCUUAGCAAAAAUGUAUAUCCGGGUGAAGCCAUUUUUGGCAGUAACUUUAUUACAAUCUAUCUAUGCAGGGAUGGAAAUAAUUUUUAAGUUUGCUCUAAACCAGGGGAUGAGCCUACAUGUAGUGAUAGUCUACCGGUAUGCAGUUGCUACUGUUGUCACUGCACCAUUUGCUAUUGUCUUGGAUAGGAAAGUAAGGCCCAAGUUUACCUUCUCUGUCUUUGCUAAGAUCUUUUUCCUCGGUUUAUUGGAGCCUGUAAUGGACCAGAGCUUGUACUAUACUGGGAUGAAGUACACUACAGCAACUUUUGCAUCUGCAAUGUGCAAUAUUCUUCCAGCCUUUGCAUUCUUAAUGGCUUGGAUUUGCGGGCUUGAGAAGGUGUCAAUUAGGAGACUGCACAGCCAGGUAAAGAUAUUGGGGACUAUAGUCACAGUCGGGGGAGCAAUGCUUAUGACUCUGUUUUCAGGACCCAUGUUGAAAUUGCCAUGGACAAAUAGAAAUACCCACCAAGAAUCUACGAAAGCUGCAAAUGAGCAAGAUCACAUCAAGGGUGGUCUCAUGGUUAUAGCAGGUUCUGCCUGCUGGUCUGGUUUCAUCAUUCUCCAAGCAAUUACACUGAGAUCAUAUCCUGCAGAGCUUUCCCUUACAGCUUUGAUAUGCUUGAUGGGCACAGUGGAAAAUACCAUACUUGCACUUGUAAUUGAACGGGGCAACCCGACGGCCUGGUCGAUCCACAUGGAUACCAAGCUCUUAGCUGCUCUAUACGGCGGCAUAGUAGCUUCAGGAAUUGCAUAUUGGCUUCAAGGAGGGAUAAUAAAGGAAAGGGGACCAGUUUUCGUGACUGCCUUUGGGCCCCUGACUAUGGUUCUCGUAGCAAUUAUGGGUUCGUUCAUUCUAGCCGAGAUAACAUCCUUGGGAAGAGUUAUUGGAGCGGUUGUGAUUGUUGGUGGCCUAUAUCUGGUUGUAUGGGGCAAAAGCAAAGACGGACAUGAACACCUGAUUACGAGUACGUCAGACGUCGAUAAGGCGGCGGCAGCAGCAGUACCUACAACUGCCCAACAUAUGGCUACUACCAAUCACGCCAUAACGUUAACCACUACGACUUCUUCAAAUCAAGAUCAAAUUGUGGUCAUUGAUCAUCCGUCCGAGAACUCUAGCCUGUAGAAAUAUAUAUAUAUAUAUAUAUAUAUGUAAGAUGGCAACUGCAUGCAUGCUUCAAGAUUAUCAUGGGACGUACCUGCGUCCGUACGUAUAUUGCUCAUGGGUUGGGAUUUAUGUCUUCCACGUACGUACGUGGAAAAAGUGUUAAGAACCUGUUAUGAUUUCUGUUGUAAUGGCUGUUGUGUUUGCUGUUGAGUUGCCGAAUGUAAUCCGGGAGAUAGUAUACUGGUAAAUGAAACCGUGCAGUAAUGGAAGGAAGGGAAGGAUGAUAGAUGUUUGUGGAAAUGUAUGAAAGAGUCACAAGAUUGUAUUGAUAACAGGAAUUCUUCG